AAAAAAACUUCCGAGAGCUCCCUUGUUAUUAGCUCUCACUGAGGAAGCUAGACAGCUAUCUAACACCCUCUAGUGUAAUCAGAGAGGAACGAAAAUGGCCAAGGUGUACAGGCUCAUCUCUGCCGCGCUUAGGCUCGCCGCGGCUGCCGCGGCGGCGGCGGCAGCGAUAAUCAUGGUGACCAGCCAUGAGACCACCAUCUUCUUUGGCAUAGAGAUGGAUGCAAAGUACUCCUACACCCCAUCAUUUGUCUUCUUCGUGGUGGCAUUCGCCGUGGCGUGCGCAUACAGCCUGAUCGUCCUCUUCGUACGGCCCGGGAGCUCCGCCUCGAGAUUGGCGCUCAUGAGUGAUGUGAUAGUAGGGAUGCUGCUCACGGGCGCUGUCGCGGCCACCGGCGCGAUAUCGGAGGUCGGGAAGAACGGCAACACGCACGCCGGGUGGCUGCCCAUCUGCGGCCAGGUCCACGCCUACUGCAACCACGUGAUGGGGGCGCUGAUCGCCGGCUUUGUCGCGCUCGUCGUCUACUUCCUCAUCAUCAUGUACUCCCUCCACGUUGUGGCUGAACCCCUGUGCCCAUGCCAUUAGAAGUCAAGCGGCCGCUUUUCACGUGAUGACCAAUAAUGGCCGCUGUCUCUCGCGGCCAUUGUUCUUCGUUUAUAAACUUAGUAUUUUUGUUUAGGCAUUGUCUCAGUAAGAUAUGUUUUCGUCAUAUUAAUUUUGCACAUGAUCGUGCCUCGGUUUAUCAUGUACUUGCAUUGAAAAUUUGAAAGAGAAGAUGUUCCAAGAUGUUCCCGAGGACAAUUCCGCUGUUGUUUUGAGUUUUGACCUUGUUAGUGUUGGGAUUUUGGACAGUAGAAUUUUUUAUUUUUUUUGUAAGGUCAGGUAUGCUAGUUCAUGGGGGUUUUCGUUCUUCCUUGUUGGAAGAUUGCCGUACGUACUCUGUCGAAUCAAUGAUUUGAUACAACAGUGUCUGCUUAA